ACAAAGAUGACGAUUCUGUUCAGUGUUUCCGGACGUGAUAAGAAUUGUGAAACGUCCAACAGAUGAAUUAAAGGAGCGACAACCCGCACAGCACUGCAGACAAUAGAGAAUUUACCACUGCGGGUCAGCGACAUCACACCUCACUACAUUCACCGGUGUAUAUACUAAUAAAAUGCCGUCUCCUAAAGCUAAAAACCCCGGUCGCGGAAGUGGAAGCCCAGUGCUUGGCAGCAGCUCCAACGGCCGCUACGAGUUCAUGUCGCUAACGAAGCCGCUGAACCGGUCCUCAGUGCCGCCGCCGCUCCUCCUCCAGCGGCAGGGCUCCGACCCGACCACCGCCCGCCUCCGUGUCUCGGAGAGCCCCACUCGGCGCCGGGGCUCCAGCUCCUCCACGGGCUCAGCGAGCGGUCAGGGUCCGCCGCCGCCAGAAGUGGACGGUUUACGGCUCAACCCUUCCUUCGUCCGUGUGGCGCUCAGCUCGCUUCUCGCCAUCGACCUGUGGAUGUCCAAGCGGAUCGGGGUGUGCGCCUGCGAGGACUCGUCCUGGGGCAGCGUGCGGCCGUUGAUGAAGCUGAUAGAGAUAUCCGGACAUGGCAUCCCCUGGCUGGCUGGCACCGCCUACUGCCUGUACAAGAGCGACAGCGCUGCAGGACAGGAGGUCAUGCUCAACCUUUUCAUGGGCCUCCUGUUGGACCUGCUCCUGGUCGGCAUUGUGAAGGCAGUGGUGCGGCGCCGUCGGCCAUCACACAACCGCAUGGACAUGUUUGCCACCUUUUCCGUGGACCGCUACUCCUUCCCUUCAGGCCACGCGACCCGCGCCGCCAUGUGUGGGCGGUUCCUGCUGGCUCACCUGGUGCUGGCCGCCCCGCUGAGGGUCCUGGUCCUGCUGUGGGCCGGCCUGGUGGGGCUAAGCCGAGUGAUGCUGGGCAGGCACAACGUGACUGACGUGAUGUUUGGGUUCUGGAUGGGCUACUGCCAGUAUAACCUUGUAGAGAUGUUGUGGAUCUCGCCUCAAACCCUGCAAGGGCUGCUGGGACAGUUGGCUUAAUGUUAAGCAUCGAAGGAGGACGAGACACGGCCGUUUAAAUCUUGAUUGUUAGAGCACCUGCACACCUUUUGUCUUUUACACGGAUACAUCAGAGAAAUUGUCUUUAGACUGGAGAAGAGAGCUCCAUCACAUGCAGCUUUGUUCUGCUGUUAUUUGACACUUACAGGCACGUUGAGUUUUUUGGAACGAGCUUUGUCCGCUUGGCGUUUAACCUCGCUAUUUUUGCAGACUCCUCCAUUUUCAAAGCUUCCUCGCUACGUUUUGAAGCUCAGAAAAUGUCCCAAACACGGCAAAAUGAAAAGAAAAAAAAGAAACAGAGAGACCAGCACACACUUGUUGUAGGUCAUAAGUAAUGAUUAAGAGGGAUUCAUUUUGCACGAGUCUACACUUUGUUUUUAAGGAAAGUCCUACUCAUUGUGCUUUAAAUACAAAAGCCUUUUGGCCCUCAUGACUAGCCUGUCUGUAAUCAAUAGAAACAACCACCUCACUCCCCCUACGGGCCCGAUUCACUGGAAAUGAUUUAAACUGCAAGCUGAAUGCUUUUGUUGUUAGAAGAGUGCGGCUGGUUUUCCGCCUGUCUGUCCACAUCCGGCGAUCGGCGGAGAACUUUGAGGAGUUUUGAGAAUGUCGGUUUUCCGCGAAGAGAAACCUGCACAGAGUAUAAAAGAUCCAACUGGUUCCUCACAGUUCUGCGUCAGCUGAUGUCUGUGCGACCGUCCAGGACGCUUUAGAUAUACUGAAUACUUUUACAACACAGAGCACCUUUUCUUAUUUUUUUUUUACACCUGUAAGUUUACAUUACAUGGUUAGGUCUGCUACGGAAGCACCUGAGAGGCAAGUAAGAACAAUUAUUCUUGUGAAUUUUAAGUCUGAUCUAAACUGCCAGGAUAAUCUUUCUAAGUUCCUUAAAAACAAAAACAUGACAUUUUUUUAAUCAGGAUAAUUCUUUUCCAGUAUUUGUUGUUGUAAUACUCAUUUCGGCCACAAGAGGCUGAACUGCACCUCUGAUUAAAAUACAUUUAUGGCCAAAAAAAGACAUAAUAUUAUACACAAUAGAUGUAUCUUGUGUUUAGAGUGCACGGAGACAUUAACACUCACCUGUAAGAAAACAGGAAUUAGUUUAGUCCUAUUUAGAACACAGGGUAGUGGUGCACUUUAGCCUCUUGUGACUGAAAUGAGUAUUACAACAACAACAACAUCCGACUUUACCUGACAAAACUCUUCAGCAAUGUAAGAUUAUCCUGGCAAAAUAAAACACGGGACAGAAAACUAUUCAGAUCAGCCUUCCAUCACCAGAAUUAUUAUUUGAUUCUCGCCUUCCUCUCAGGGCCUCCGUACUUCUUUGCUGUCCACCAUUUUUCAAAAUGCGUUUUUAUUUUUUAUAUAUAUGGAACAAGGUGUAUCUGAGCUCCACCAGGGGAGGGUCCGGUGAGGACAUACCUGAAAUGCAUAAGUUCAUACUGGAUCACCUGCUCUGAGGAUCAUGGCCCCGCCGGUUAAAUCUACAUCCAAGCAGAUUUGGAUGUACUGAGACUUUUUAAAAUGUAUUGUUAAUUUAAAUGAACACUUGUGAAUCCAUUGAUAAGCAUUUGUUAGAAUGGAUAUGGGGCACUUUAAAAUAAGAGUGUGUGGAUCCAUUUGGGUGGUUUGCUGUCAGCGUGCUAGAGUUCUGCACUGUGAAAACACACUGUCUUUGCACGCACUGUAAUAAUUCUAGUCUCACUGACUCGCAUAGACAUUUAUUCAUUAAGUUAGACAUGAAACCAGAAUGUGUAACUACGCACGUCAUUCCUCUACCAACUCUUAACUAUCACUUGGCACUCUGGCUAUAUUUCUCCUGACUGUUCACAUAAUGUUUGACAUUUUCCAUAAAAUUCUCAGUUAAAGAUUUAGCAAGGCAAUAAUGUGUUAAAGGAAUUAACAGCCAAGUGUUGCAGAUCUUCCCACAGUUAAUAUUUGAUGAUGGAGUGACCCGUUGCAUCUUGAUGUUCAGACACAAAUGUGACUCUGUGGGUCAGUUAGUUACUGCUCAUUGUGUGUUUGGGGCACAUACAGUUCCUCAGACAUAGUUAAAGGUUAGUCCGACUCGCUGACCGCAGAGUGAAUGACAGCGGUCACGAUGUAACACGGACGAGUGUUUGACGAUAGCGCUGCCACGGAGGCUGCUGACCCGUACACAAGCCAUUUGUCAGCACAGCACUUAUUUACAAACGCAACAUCACAAGAUUAGUUUAUGUGAUUGUUGGCAGAUAGGUAGCAAAAGUAGUAGCAAAGAGAUUUAAAAAUUUAAAGAAUAUCAUGUGCUGUGUUGGUGUUGACACGACCUCUCUGUCCGCAGAUUAUUCAGUGAGUUGCUCAACAGCUGACUCCGUCUCGCUCGCUGUAAACACGCCAGAAACCAGAGCAAGUGUAGCCUAGUUUAUGUUUGUCUGUUAUGUGUCUAUUGAUUAAGACUACGAUGGGAUAUGUGGACGUGUGAUUUCUGUGUGUAUUUUGGUUAUUGUUGAACCAUUUUUUUUAAGAACCAACGUAAUUUAACAGCCUGUUCCCUGGUGUUUCUGUCUCUCUGCAAUAAUUGACAAAUAAUCCCAGUGCUGGUGAUAGUAUGACUGACAUACAUGAUCUGUUGGUUCCACUUUUUCCAUUACCCUUCUGUUGAAAUCUUAAUAUGCUGGACAGUGAACUUGUGACCAAUUUGAUUGAUUGAUUUUGUUGUUGUUCCAUGCUGACACUGAUUUGUUUACAGAAUAGAUUUUACACAUGGAGCUCAUCUGGUCGAGCAGACGCCACGUGUGCCGAGGCUCAGUCCUCGGUCUGAGUCUGACCCACUGCUGCUUCUCUUCUCUCUCCCACUUUCCUGUCUUCAGCUGCACCAUCAGAACAAUCCUAAAAAAAAAAGCUUCAGCACAUUCCAAAUGCCACCUAUUCACUUCACCUCAUUCAGCUCUCAAAGGUUGUCAGCAAACGUCACAUCUGUUCGUGCACAUUGUCCAACAUGAAGCCAGCUGCAAUAUAUUUCACUGCGAUCUGUUUUGCCUGCUGUAUGCUAUAACUGAUAUUGUGUGUUUCCUGUAUAGACCUUAUUCUUCAUGUAUGUAAAUAUGCCUGUAUACGGUUCUGUGAUUACACUGUGUUAAUUAAUGUUCAGUAGAUUUGAAUGUGCUGCUCAAUAUUCCCUGAGGGGUUGUUUUUGAUUGAUUUGAUUGUAAUGAUUUUUAAUUAAAUUGGGAACGAAUCUGAA